AUGGAGAACGAUCAGGGUGUCCUUGUCGACCUUUACGUCCCCCGCAAGUGCGCGGCGACCAACCGACUCAUUACCUCGAAGGACCACGCGUCGGUGCAGCUGAGCAUCGUCGAUGUUGACGCCGAUGGCAAGGCUUUGCCCACCUCCACCAGCUUCGCCAUCUGCGGGCAGGUCCGUGCAAUGGGCGAGAGCGACGACUCGCUAAACCGGUUGGCGACGAAGGCCGGACUGCUCCGGAAUGUAUUUUCGUACCAAAAAUGA